CACGCAAAUUCUGACAGAGUUUCCAGCCGUUGCACCGUUUGGCUGCUGCUACCUUCUGCCAAUCUGCGAGUAUUUACUACCACGAUUAAAGUCCCUCGAAAAUCCGUAUCGUCAACAGCUGUUAACAAAUUUCCGAAACACCAAUAAUCCAUCCAACAAUAGCACUUCUAAAAAGUGGAAAUAAAAUUAUAAGCUCAUGAUCUAAACAUACGGAAGCAUCAAAACUCGUUCAAUCUGAGCGAUCAUUAUUCCAUCAAAUGCUCUUAUUACUACAGAACUUCGAACGGUUUUCCUUUUUUCUCGUGGGGUGCUUUUUUUUUAGUCCCUUCAAAUGUUGACACGAAAUCGACCCUGAAUUGUGGCUUAGUGCAAGAACUUUCGAAGUUUUAAUUGUCCUGGAGCUGGCUCAAGGACGGACUUGAAUUUUUGACAAAACGCCCACUCGUUGUCGUUCAAGAUGGGCAAAGUAGUCGACUGCAAAUAUUUUAUGAGGAAUUGAAAAAUUUGCAACUGCAUACUUUUCUUCUUCAAAGUUAAGGUCCGAAAGUCUGUUGUCCAAAUCCAAUUGCGAGUGCUCAAUACCUGGACAUGGCACAACGUCUUGGCCUCGGACCCGAAGUUCGGGAACUCAAACUUGGUCCAACUUUCACCAGCAAUAAGUCCACUGCUUUUCAUACGCUCAAAUACGACUUCAAGCCUGCGAGUGUAGAUGUUUCCAAAGUAGCCAAAGUUGAUGUAGGAACGAACAAUACAAUGACAGUGACAGUUCCUCACCUUGAUGGAGCAGGAAUUCCCCACACAGUGUUCAAGGGAUCACAAAGGCCUUACAGCAAAGAAUGUGUUUUGAUAAUCGAUAGGAUAACUGGUGAAAUAACCCUAGAAAAGCUCUCGUCUAAUAUACAAGUGAAAAAGACACGUGUGGAGCCAAAAUCUCAGUCGCUGCUUGCUGUUCCUGCAUCCAACAACUCAAAUCGACCAACUUCACCGGUUGAACUAAGAACAAGUCCGACGGAUGGACGUUCAACAAGUAGGACUAAAGUCGCUAGUGGAAAAAAAAGGGAACCUACAGUGCAACUGUCUUCAAAACCGCAGCAUUCUCAACAACGGCACAGUCCUCUCACUGUCUCGCCUUAUCACGCAAAAAGUCCUUCAAGUUUGGCAAGCAACCGUUCCCCGGGUCAACAUUCGAUUGGUGCCUCAACUCUGGCAAGUUUACCAAUGAUUGGAGCGGAUUUUGAUGAUUAUACACCAACGACAGCACCUCAAACUGCACCACCUCCAAGUGCAUCUCAUCACUCGACGAUACCGUCAAGAACACAUCCUGAAUCUUCGGCUAGCCGUGACACUGAACCUGCUCACAUUGUGAAGUCAUCGAACGACGGCUCUCAACGUAGAGAAAAUGAUGAAUCGGGGGCUCUGAGCGACUCAACUUCCAGUAGUUCCAGUUCCGACAGUUCCGACAGCGAAUCUGAUGCUGAAGAUAUUCCGGUUCCAAUGGCAACCGCAACCACAAACGGUCACGCAAAUGGCGCAACCUCCUCACCAUUAUUGAACAUGCCAGACAAUCUAUUGAACGAUGAUUUACAAUUGUCUGAAUCAGAAUCGGACAGUGAUUGAGAGGAAAUGAAAAAUAACACCAAGUGCGAAACUAUUGAGAAUUAUUAAACUAAAAGUGGAACACGGCAAUAAAAGAAAUGAACACCUAACGAGAACCCGUGUGAGCAAUGUAUCAUUUUCGUAACAUUAAGAAGGUAUCGGGGGGCUUCUCACUAGUACUACUAUUUCGACUAUAACUACUACUACUACUAUUAUUUGUAUUGAUAUCAUUAUUGUUUUGCCUUACUCGUGAAAAUUGUAGUAUAAUAAUUGUAAAAACAAAGAAUCAAUUAGAAAGAGUGAAUAAAUAAGUUCGCGUGUGAAUUUUUCACAAGCUCCGAACGAAUAAAGGUCUUGCCAAAAGCCAAAAAA